CGUGCUGACUGUUGCAUGCAACGGAGGUGUUUGAGCAGUGUGUGAUACCGAUUUUUACUUAUUCUGUUUUUUUUCAAAACAAAAAUAUAACGUAAUAUAUACGUUUAAUACCUUUUAUAAAUAUUUGUCUGUUGUUAUUGGUUAAAUAAACAAUCAAUUACGGUGGCGUUAACCCGUUCCAACGGGGCGGCCAAAUAAUUCUUCCCUCUUCACGGAAGGAAGUAACUUAAUAUUUAAAAAAAAAAAAAAUAGGUAGUCAAUUAAAACAUAAAUCCGCCAUGCUGAGCCUGAGAAAAGUCACUCAGCUCUUCAAGCAAACCCUGACAGCGGGCAACAUAGCAAUUGUCAACACAGCCGGCCUCAAGUACUUCGCCCCGCCCAUCAAAUACCAGAAUGUUGAGCAGCCGGAGCGGCCCAAGCUUAGGAUCAUGGAGCGCCAGCCGCAGCUGCCGCCAAACAUCCGUCCGCCCAAGAUGCAGAAGCGCCUCCGCUACAUGCGCGGCCCGGAGACGGUGCACAACACCCUGCUGCACAAGCAGUACGCGAUCGUGGCCACCGGCGGCGGACGUCUACGCUGGGGCCACUACGAGAUGAUGCGCCUGACCAUCGGUCGCAAGAUGAACGUCAGCACCAUGUUCGCAACGUGGCGCGUCCCCGCUCCAUGGCAACCGAUCACCAAGAAGGGCCAGGGCCAGCGCAUGGGCGGUGGCAAGGGGGCCAUCGACCACUACGUUACCCCCAUCAAGGCCGGGCGCGUCAUCGUCGAGAUCGCCGGCAAGUGCGAGUUCGUCGAGGUCAAGCCGUUCCUGCAGCAGGUGGCCAACCAGCUCCCCUUCCAGGCCACCGUCGUCUCCCAGGAGAUGCUCGACGAGCAGCGCGUCGCCGAGGAGGAGCACGCCCUCCAGAACGAGAACCCCUUUACCAUGAAGUACGUGAUCCAGAACAACCUGAGCGGCUGCCAUCGGUGGCUCUCGCCUGUGGACCACAAAUGGUUCGGCAAGCACCUGUAGACGUACGACUCUCCCUCAAUAAAGAAAUCCUUGUUAAUCUGUUGCGACACCAGUUUAAGUGUGGGCUAUAACUUGAA